UGACAACCCCAAAUUUAGUACCGUACGAAACUACGCGACGUCGAAACCGCUUUUACGUCCGCGCUAAUAAAACUCGUUGAAAAUGCAUACAUCAAAAUGGUAGAAUCGCUACAAAUGUUUUUAUUUCUAUUUAAAUCUAAAUACAGACGAAAAUGUUCAUGGUUCUCGCCAUUCCUGUGUUCAGUGCUCAUAGUGUUAUUGUUCUGUGAUGGUGUCCUGUCUAAGUGUGGUGAUCAUACUUGUGUAAACGGUGUGUGUAAAAAUGAUAUGUGCGUGUGUUACGAGGGUUGGCAGGGUCCCGAGUGUCAGUACUGCGGCGGCAAAGUCAAUUUAACGUCCCCAACGGGCUACAUAACGGACGGGCCGGGUAACUACAGCGUGAGCACACAAUGUUCCUGGUUGCUCACGCCGCCACGUCUGGGUCCCACGCCGCCACCCCUGCGGGUGCGCCUCGAGAGCUUCGCCACCGAGUGCGGGUGGGACCACCUGUAUGUGUACGACGGUGAUAGUGUGAGAGCUGAGAAACUGCUCGCUGUGUUCAGUGGUGUACUAGAAAAUGGAGAGUCCAGUUGGACUAGGCAAGUGAUAGCGCGUUCAGGCAGCGCGUUGCUGCAUUUCUUCAGUGAUGAUGCAUAUGCCAUGGAGGGGUUCAACGUGACGUAUGCAGCUUAUUCCUGCCCUUCCAAUGAUCAUCGGACUAAUUGUUCUAAUCAUGGUGAAUGUGAAGAUGGGUCGUGUAGAUGUGAACCAGAGUGGACAGGGGUAGCCUGUGAUCAGCCUUUAUGUCCAGAGGAAUGCAACGCAGCAUACGGCGGCGGUACCUGCACUGCCACCGGCUGCGUGUGCUCCGCGCUCCGUCGCGGAACUUCAUGCGCUCGCGACGCGUGGCGCGCGGGCUGGGCGGCCGCGCGGACCGGCGGAGCGCCGCCCGUCGCCGCGCAUGCGUUACUGCAGUAUGGCGACGAUCUACUCAGAGUAGGAGGGGAGACGUUCGCGCAUUCUGAGUUUUUAUACAAAUAUAAGACGGCAGAACAAGAAUGGGAGGUGUUACCUACAUACGAGAGUCCGGCAGCACGGUUCGCGCAUUCCGCCGUGUUAUACGGACACGAACUCAUAGUGUAUGGAGGGGUCGUUAUAUCUGAUGAGCCGGAGAGGGGUGGCGGUCUAGCAGGUUUAGAAGGUCGUGCCGGUGAGGUGACGAACGAGAUCUGGCGAGUUCGCCUCAACAGUGAGAGGCCGCAGUGGCAUAAUGCUACGCCUGUCACCUGUUCGCCUCAUAGACAACCGCCGUUGAAGCAUUGUGGAGGUCUCCACGUAUCUGGUCACACAGCAGUACUGGUGUAUUUAGGUGCUACAAAGAAGCCAGUAAUGUUGGUGUUCUUCGGACAUUCGCCGCAUUACGGAUAUCUACAUCUUGUGCAGGAGUACUACGUAGACGAGGGUGUAUGGUCGGUGGCAGGCACGCGCGGCUGGGCGGCUCGCGCGGGCUUCGCGCACGCGGCGGCGUGGGACCCGCUCUCACGGAGAGUCUACGUGCACGGGGGCCUGGUGUCCGAGUCUGAGGCUACACAGGCGCCUUCAGCAUCGUUAUUUGAGUACGACCCGGAGCUAAGACUGUGGCGCCCUCUGCAAUCUGCGCCUACGCCUAGAUAUUUACAUUCUGCUACUUUUAUUACUCCAGGUGUAAUGUUAGUGUUCGGCGGUAACGCACACAACGACAGCGCGGCCGCGUUGGUGUCCAACCCCGCUGCUUCCAAGUGUUAUUCUGCCGGAGCACUGCUGUAUGAUGUUAGAUGCGGCACGUGGUCGGCGGCGGCGUCGCUGGGCGGCGGUGCCCGCGCGGCGCACGCGGCGGCGCCCAUCAGCACCAAGGACAGGCGGGCCGUACUCAUACAUGCCGGUUUCGACGGUCGCCUCCGUUCCGACUCGUUAGUAUUCGAGGCGGGUGAGGGAUGUACUCGACACACGAGCGAGGCGGCCUGCCUCACCGCCGCGCAUCAUACUGCUGUAGCCUGCGUGUGGCGGCAGAGGGAUAGGGCUUGUUUACCUGUAAGUAUAUUCGAGGCGGGUGAGGGAUGUACUCGACACACGAGCGAGGCGGCCUGCCUCACCGCCGCGCAUCAUACUGCUGUAGCCUGCGUGUGGCGGCAGAGGGAUAGGGCUUGUUUACCUGUAAGUAUAUUCGAGGCGGGUGAGGGAUGUACUCGACACACGAGCGAGGCGGCCUGCCUCACCGCCGCGCAUCAUACUGCUGUAGCCUGCGUGUGGCGGCAGAGGGAUAGGGCUUGUUUACCUCUAGAAGAAGUGGGUUGGAAGGAGUCGUUCGACGGCACGGUGAAGGCGUGUCUAACAGAACCUAGGUUUGAUGAACGUCGUUGUUCGCAAGCAUCGUCUUGCGCGGCGUGCACGGCUGCCCGCUGCGCGUGGUGCGGCGCCUGCCAUCCUUCAGCCAUGUAUUGUGUCAGACAUACACAUCAGAUGGCGUUAUCAAUAGAAGAAUGCGGAUCGGACAGCGAGUCGCCGCGGGAGGCUUGCGGCCGGUACCACUCCUGCGCAGCCUGUUUGGCGCAUCAGCAUCAUCAUACACAUGGAUCUGAAGAAUUAAGUCAGCGGGCGUGUUUUUGGGAUUACGACACGAUAAAAUGUAAACCAGUGAAUUCGUCCGAAGAUAUUAGAAGCGUAGCAGCGGCGGGUCCGUGCAGCGCGCCGUGCUCCACGUUCCAGACGUGUGCCAACUGCACCGCCGAGGAGUGCAUCUGGUGUGCCUCCGCCGGACGAUGUGUGGAUAAGAACGCAUACGGCGCCUCCUUCCCCCUCGGCGGCUGCCGCGCGUGGUCUACCUCCGGCGGCGGCGGCGCCGCGGGCACGUGCGGCGCGGCGCGCGGCUGCGGCGCGCACGUGUCGUGCGCCGCGUGCCGCGCCGAGCCCGCCUGCGGCUGGUGCGACGACGGCGCCGGCGGCGGCAGGGGCCUGUGCCUCCCUGGUGGGGCUAGGAGACCGCAUGCGCCUAGAGUCUGUGCUCAACAUCGGUGGCACUUCACAGCAUGUCCGGCAUGCCAGUGCAAUGGACACUCGGUAUGUGAUGCUGCAGCGCGUUGUAUGCAGCCGUGCGCCGGCCGCACGGUGGGCGAGCACUGCGACGUGUGUGCUGCCGGACACUGGGGGAACCCGCUCAAUGGGGGAGUGUGUCAACCAUGUGAAUGCAACGCGCAAGCGGUAGCCUGCGCCCCCGACACGGGCCGCUGUUACUGCAGUACUAAAGGACUGGCGGGCGACCGAUGCGACAAAUGCGACAACACCAACCAUUAUCACGCCGAUAUAUAUAAUAAGGGGGCUUGUUAUUAUGAUUUAGCAGUAGACUACCAAUUCACCUUCAACCUAUCAAAAAAGGAAGACCGUCAUCUUUCUGCCAUAAACUUCCGCAACGCGCCGGUGAAGCCGGACGUGGACGCGGACUUCAGCAUCACGUGCUCCGCGCAUGCGCGCAUGAACCUCACCGUGCGGACUCGCAGCGACGUCGCCGAGAGGACGCUGUUUAGCGACGUCAAUUGUACCAACUUUAGAUAUAAGAUAUUCUUUUUUAGGUUCGCAAAGUCCGACCACGCUUUCGGUGUCGAAGACAACGUGACACUUACGACGUUUUUCGUCUACGUCUACGACUUCCGGCCGCCAUUGUGGAUCCAGAUAUCUUUCUCUCAAUACCCGAAGUUGAAUUUACAACAAUUCUUCAUCACUUUCUCUUCGUGUUUUCUACUUUUGUUGCUCGUGGCGGCCGCUUUGUGGAAGAUUAAGCAGAAAUACGACAUGUACAGAAGACGACAGCGACUGUUCGUCGAGAUGGAGCAGAUGGCGUCGCGGCCCUUCAGCCAAGUCUGCGUCGAGCUUGAGAAGGGUGGGGCAGGUUCAGGAGUACCAGCCCCCGUAGCACUAGAACCCUGCCGCUCCGGGCGGGCCGCAGUCCUCUCCCUGCUGGUCCGGCUACCGACAGGCGGCACGGGGCGGGCGCCGCCGCUGGGCGGGCUGGCGGUGGCGUCGGCGCUGGUGACGCUGGGCCACCACGCGCCGCAUCAGGCGGUGCAGGCUAAACGUCCGCGCCAUCACUGACCGAGCCGCACAGAUACGGACACCGAUGUAUAUAGACAAUGUAUGUAUUGAACUUUGUACAUAGGACACUAGUAGUGCAUUGCUCAAAGUGUAACAUUAUAUAAAUAAUACUCAGUUAUUCUAUCGUUUGUAUGACUUAAUGCCCAGUUGGACAAACACGCGUGAUCUAGCCAUUUUUAUAUGUAGCGACACAAAUUUUGUUAAAAAAAUAUCGAUUCAGAUAAAUCGGAUUUUUAUCGAUACUAAAAAUCGAUUUUAUAAAUAUUAUAAACUUGAUAAAUAUGACUGUAGUAUCUUAAGCAAACGUGUUCUCGUGCUUAAACAAAAUAAAUAAAGACUGCUGAAAUAUAUCGAUAAACUAACAUUAUAAAUCAAAAUACAAUAUCGAUAAAAAAUUCCCCAACACUAUUGUUUAACAAAAUUUGUAUCACUACAAAAGCCACGCUACAAAAAUCAUCGACAAAGUUGUUUUUUGUAUAAAAUGAUACUAAUUAAAAAACAUAGUAGUCUUAAGUACCUAACCACACUUCCAUAUAUGAAAGUUGCCAAAAUACUCUAAUUUGUAUCACUUUUGAACGUUCCACGUUUAGGAAGCUAGUUGCAGUUUGUAUUGGAAAUUAACUGUUAAAAAUAUUAUGAUUUGGAUAUGUGGAGAGAAGAUUUUUGGGUAUCACAAAUAAUUAUUGCACUGGUUAACAUAACGUCCAUAUUAAAAAUAAAAAUUGGUUAUGACAGAAUUUCUGUUAAAUAUGUAAGUAGAUUUAGUUUUAUCACGUCAAAUUAUGUGACUAUUUCAGAUUCUUUUAUCUUACUAUUUAAAAAUAUUUUCUUAUGAACUCACUUGUUUUCACGUUUAUGUAAUCGUACACCUAAGUUGGUAAUCGUAAAAAGGGUUGGUAAUCGUAAAAUACAUAAAUAUCUUAGCAACUUUUCACUAAACUUUUUUAGGCAAACAUAUUAAAAUAAUUUACAGUGCGUGUGAGGUAUUUAUGCGUCUUAACUUAGCUCUUUUGGCUGUGCAAUAGAGAUUUUAUGAAUAAAAUUGUUUACUGUACAGCCUAUCAGUUAACUCAAACUCUACAACAUACUUCGGCACUAGUAUAUGUUUAAUUAAAAUGCCAUCUUCUCUCCACAUAUCCUAAUCAUAAUGCUUCGAAAUUUCGGACCGGGUUCUUAGAUUUAGAGAUCAUUGCAUUUUCUAAUUUAUAUUUCGUAAUUUUAUUUUUAAGGGCUUAUAAAUGCUGAUGUGUUUUGCCAAUAUGUUGAUGAAAUUAUUUAUUUAAAAAAAGCAGCUUGUUCGAAAUGUGUGGAUGAUAAAAAGGAAGUAUAAAAAAAUAAUGAAGAAUGAAAAUAUUAUUUUAAAUACCUGAAAUUAAUGUAUUAUUUGGCAACUUAUUGAAAUUCACUAUUUCUUUUCUAUGUAAAUGGUGGGGUAGGCAGCUUUAGAUUAAAAAAUGUUAAAUUACUUUUUAUCCCAUUUUUUUGCCAUAAAGGCCACACUUUACUUUUCUAAAUAUUUAUGUUUUGGCAGCUUACAAACAUCCAAUUAGGUAUAUUCUAGAGAGCAAAAGACCUGAGAUAUAAGGUAUUAAGGCAUUUAUUUCGCCAAAUUGUACAGCCAUCAUUUGAGAACCAAAUCUGGAGUAAAAUUAUAAAUAACAACUUGGCAAAACACACCAGUUAAAUCGAUAUUAGUCCUAGUGUUGUCGCGUUGUCGAUAAAAUAUCGAUGACUUGUAAUUUAUAUGAUAUUUAUUUUCUCAAUUUAAUGUUUUAGCUAGCAAAUUGAAUGCUUGCAAGAUUAUAUUAAAAUGCGGCGUUUUGGAGGGUGAUGUCGAUCAAAAUGAAAUAUAAAUAUUAUCAUUUAUACACUAAUAUAUUUAUUAAUUAUUUAAUUAAUAAAAAUGAAAUACUGUUAUACCUGCAAUAACUGAAUCAAAUGCAAAAUAUUUUUAGUCGAAAUGGGGAAGAAAAUCUUCAUACACUUAAUUAUUUCCUUUAGCAGAUAAAUUGAAAAAUUAUUGACAUCAUCCUACAAAAUAACCACAAGAUAAAAGACAAGUUUUUCACGUUAAAAAAACAUAUUUUGUCGUAGUAAUUUUUUUAUAAUAGUUUUUGUAAUGCGUUGGUCAGUGUUGAAUGUUUGAAAACAACGAUGUAAUAUAUGCGUAUCAUCACAAUUUAUUGUUGGUUUAGAAGUUAUACUUAAUAUCCUUUUUAGUUUAGAAAACCACUUCGGUUUAAAAUUUUCGAUUUGCUCAUCUGUUGGCAGCUAUGUUGAAUAAGAAUAGGUAAUGCAAGAGAAAAUUAGACGUAUUAAAAUAUUUGUUAAUUUUGGGGGGGCAAUACCGCAAAUGCCAGUGAACCACGACUUUAUUCCUGUAACUCAGCAUGUCUGUUUGUUUGUCGCGCUCUCACGCCAAAAAUACUUAACUGAUUUUAGUGAAAUUCGGUAAACAGCUGCUCAGGGCCGGCGAAAGAACAUAGGGUUCUUUGGGUGCAAAAUGGAUUCAAAUUGUCAAUUCAAAAAUCCAGUUCAUAACUUCUAAACCAACAAUAAAAUAAUAAUAAAUAAGUAACAUUAUCUAUACGUAAAGUCACUACUACAUAUAUAAUAAUUAGAUGUAAAUAGUGUCGCUUGAUAUAAGAUUACGGAUAUUCAUAUUUUUAUUACGACUGACAUGUAAAUUAUGUAAAAUAUAAUGUAUUUUAUGUUUGUUUGUGUGAACGCAUUUAGUUGGUGAAUGUUGUGUUGGGUUUUACAAGAAAAAACUUAAUAAUACACGUAGGUAUUCAAAUAUUAGUAACCAACUUCCCAAAAAUAAGGUUCUUAUUCAGCAAAAAUAUUUGAGCAGCAUUCCUGUUAAAUAAUAGAGUGAAGGAGAUAGAUCUCACCAACAAGACUAUGCCCACCUUAUUAUAAAACGUAGUUUUAUGCAGUAGCGGAAUUAGUGCUAGGUUUAGUCCAUUAACUUAGUUCAGGUAGUUUAAACCUAGAACUAAAGCUGGUAAUUUUCAAGACCACGUUUUAUAAUGGGAUGGACUGAGUUUUAAGUUUCUAUUAAACUCAAUAAUAUACAAGAAACUGUCUUUGCAAUAUGAUUGAAAAUAUUUUUUGUGGGGUUUUUCGAUUUUGGGAUCACCCCAAACUGAAUUCGAAGUUCGAAGGGCUGAAAUGUUAUAAUUUUACAGGUGACAUUUUUAGCAUCGAUAGCAAAGAUUUUUUUUUUCAAAUGUUGUAUAGUGAUCUAGACACAACAUUCACACACAUUUUUGUAUUAUAGCCUUAGAUGUAAAAGACGUAUUUUAUCUAAAUAAUAAUAAUUAUUGAUAAUAUGAGCUAACUUUGUACGCAACUUAAUAAAUCGUUUUUAGUCCAACAUAAAUAUUUUUAUGCCUUAUUUAGUAUUAAUUAGUUAUGAUAGUUAAUAUCAUCGCGAAUUUGUAAAAAGUAUCGAUAUUCUGAAUAUUAAAUAAAUAAUAAGUGUAAUAUUUUUUUCUGCUUCUUUUUUUACUUUUUUAUUGCAGCAAUGAAUUAAUAUUAUGGUCAUUUUGAAAAAAACAUGGCGACCUAUUGUUUUUAAAUUAAAUACUAAUGAAAUAAAUAAUUAACAGUCAAAAUGAUCUCAGUGUUUAAACAGAAUUUUUCUUUUAAUGGAUAAUUUGAAUUGUUAAUUUAUUAAACUCAGUGGCAAAAUGUUUUCACAGGCGAAAUAUUUAAUUUUUAUAAGAAAAUUCAAAAUGAAAUAAUGUUCUAUUACCUCGAAUAUAUUGUUUUUACCUAGCUGAGUAAAUAAAGCUCUCUAUUGCAUGCCAUUAAAUAAAGCUCGCUUGGUAAAUAAGUAUGUAGUCAAUAAAUAUUUCGCCUGUGCAAAAUUAUUUCUAUGACUGAAGUUGUACAAAAUACAUAAUGGAAAAUAACAGAAUUUUGUGAAACUAAGUUUAACACGGGUUAUUGUAAUCAUGCGAACACGUAAUCGUCAAAUAAAAUCGUAAUCUCAAAAUAAAGUUGGUAAUCGUAAAAAUGACGAAAUAUUUUUUCGUAAAAAGUUUGUAAAAAACAAAGUGCUUGAUUUUUGUUUAAUAUUGAAUUGUAAUAACUCGUGUUAGAAUUUUAGUAAAUAUAAAUGGUAUUUUACAAUGGUAAAUUCAUGUAAUAUGACUUUUUU